GUCUGUCCAGUUGUCGACUGUAGUGGCGAAGGCGCUCCAGGAUUCUUGGAUACAGAGACACACGGAAUAAAAAGAAAAUCCUAUUCUCUAUCUGUUACUUUUUAAUCCUCGUGGGAUAUUAACGUCUGUCUACAAUUAUGACUUCAUCGGAUGUUGCUCGGCAGCCGGAUAAGGGAGUCCGGCCCCUGUCCUUGGCUGGCCAUGUUGGCUUUGAUAGCCUACCGGAUCAGCUUGUCAACAAGUCCAUCUGCCAAGGCUUCUGCUUCAACAUUCUCUGCAUUGGUGAGACCGGUAUAGGGAAGUCUACAUUAAUGGACACCUUGUUCAAUACCAACUUUGAGAACUUCGAGUCUUCCCACUUUGAGCCUCAGGUGAAGCUGCGGGCCCAAACCUACGACCUGCAGGAGAGCAAUGUCAGGCUACGUCUCACUGUGGUCAACACUGUGGGAUUUGGAGAUCAGAUGAACAAACAAGAGAGCUAUCAGCCGGUGGUGGACUACAUUGACAAGCAGUUUGAGAGCUAUCUACAAGAGGAGCUAAAAAUCAAGCGCUCUCUACACAACUACCAUGACUCUCGAGUCCAUGCCUGCCUUUACUUCAUCUCCCCUUCGGGCCAUUCGCUGAAAUCACUGGACUUGGUGACGAUGAAGAAAUUGGACAGUAAGGUGAAUAUCAUCCCCGUGAUCGCCAAAGCCGACACCAUCAGCAAGAGCGAGCUGCACAAGUUCAAGAUCAAGAUCAUGAGCGAGCUGGUCAGCAACGGUGUGCAGAUCUACCAGUUUCCACUGGACGAUGAGACCGUGGCCAAAGUCAACACCGCCAUGAAUGGCCAUUUGCCGUUUGCUGUGGUGGGGAGCACAGAGGAAGUCUCUAUUGGCAAUAAAAUGGUGAAAGCUCGCCAGUACCCGUGGGGAAUCGUUCAAGUGGAGAAUGAACAUCACUGCGACUUUGUGAAGCUGAGGGAGAUGCUCAUAUGCGUCAACAUGGAGGAUUUAAGGGAGCAAACCCACACGCGGCAUUACGAGCUUUACAGGCGCUGCAAGCUGGAAGAAAUGGGCUUUAAGGACACGGACCCGGAGUGCAAACCCGUCAGCCUUCAGCAGACCUAUGAGGCCAAGCGCCAGGAGUUCCUGGUGGACCUGCAGAAGAGAGAGGAUGAGAUGAGGCAAAUCUUUGUGCAGCGGGUGAAGGAGAAAGAGUCCGAGCUGAAGGAGGCGGAGAGAGAGCUUCAGAGUCGCUUUGAGCAGUUAAAGCGCCUCCACGCCGACGAGAAAGCAGCUCUGGAGGAGAAGAAGCGGCUUCUGGACGAAGACCAGAGCUCCUUCAGCAAGAGGCGAACAGCCGCUCAGCUCCUGCAGGCCCAGAGCCUCACCGCCAACGGCAAGAAGGACAAGGACCGCAAGAACUCUGGCUUCAUGUGAAGACUUUUGAAUGUGAUGGACCCUCCACUGACCAGCGUAACCAAUGACAUUCUUUUCUCAUCACCUUCCUCAAGUCUGAAACACUAAACCUGAAACUGCCACACAGGCCCUCGGCAUGUAUGAGCAUGACUCGCCAAUGUUUAAAGACUGUACACUUUUCUCCAUGGUAUUUUUAAAAAUCUCUUUUGUAGGCUUUAUGGCUUUUUGUGUAUUGUUUUUCUUCUAUUUAUCCUGUCAUUUAUAUAUGAAAUUUUUAUUUUCUGCAUACUUCCAUGUUUUUUGUUUUUUUUUACUCAUAGAAAAAUCUGCUUCACAUGAUUCUGUUGAACAAGGGAAAGGUACAGAUGCAAUAAUGGGAGAUACCUCUUCAUCUGUUCACGCUGCCAGAUGUUUUUCAUAUUUUUUCACGUAAAGCUUGGAAACACUUUCCACAUGUAUCUUAAGGUGAAGACUUUAAAAAGGCAUGUUUAUGUUGUCUGUCAUAAGUUUUCACCAUAGCUUUGGGUUAAAAUCGAAUACAUUAUUUCUGUUAACGUACAGUAGCUGCAGGUUACAUUCUUUAGUCUUUUUAAUCAGUAAAGUAUAAUAUGAAACAAUUGACAACACUUACAAUAAGAGAGAUUGCUGUUGAGGUACAAGCACAACACUUACAUUACAAUAACUAUAGCCAAAUGUUUGUUUUUAUCUGAAAGAGGUUAAAAUAGUUUAACUGCUUUAUUGAGAUUUAUUUCUGAGGGUUUAAACUGCAUCUGUUACAAUUUUUGUAAGUCAGUGUUAUACACACAGCAUUGAGGCUUGUUUAGAAUCCUCCUCAGAGGGCAUUAUGCUUCCUUAUUGCUUCUCAGGCUUGAAUAGAAAACUCCCACAGCUGCCACACUGAUCCUGUUGCGCUCGCUGUUUCUGUGCAUCUCAAUAGUUUGGCAUUUUUUGAACACGAUGAGCGUGGGUUGAUUUGGGAUUACAAACACUUUGCGUUUCAUUCACUUUCUCUUUUUCCUGUGGGCACAAACGGUUGAAGUCUGCAGUUUCCUCUGUUUCAAAGGAGCCGAAUCAACGAAAAAUCUAUGCAUCGUUUCAUGUAGAGGGAGGAACUAUUUUUCUGUGUUACUAUCUAUUUUUGUACACAUUUUUAUUUACUCCUGUAUGUAGUGUAACACGACUAGGUUUCAAAGCAGAACACUGCGGUGCCGGUUUCCAGAAAAAGUGAGAUGUCUAAUCAGAACAUUAACUCACUUUGACUGACACUUGACUCUCCAACUAGUUUUUAAAAGAUGUUUUGGUGCCUUAUCUGUGUGAAACACACUAUGUUCAUAUCCUCGAUGCCUGCAGGAGAAAGCACGGGACACAUUUGUACUACAACAUUUAAGGAGCAAACAGUAUUAUGUGGACUUGAUUUUCUUUUUCUUUAUCAUAAAAUAAAACUAUUUUUGUCAUGGCACA